CGCCUUGGACUUUUUUUGCUUGUCAAAGCCGCAAACCGGAGGCGCGUCAUCGCUUUGUUGAUCUAAAACAACCCUCAGGUCUUCUUUGACGACUCCUUGUGUCAACUUUUUCUCUUUGAUACAUGCCAUAAAACUACUGCGAGUCACUGAGGCGCUCAGCGCUUUGUUUCGCCUGAGAGCAGCCCAACACGAAAUCCGACCUGCUCCUACCCCUCGACCUUCCUCGUCUCUCCUCCUACCAUAUUUUAUCACAUACUACGUCGCUUUACCGAAACCAUGAUGAAGAGAGGCAGGGCUUCUCGCGGAACCACACGAGGCCGCGGUGGUGGAUCUUCGGAUCGUGGAGGCAUUCGCAAGCGGGGUGCACCGACAAAAAUUGAUCGGGAUGGUGAUUUGGCGAUGGGGGCAGGCGCAGGCGCCAUUCGUGGGCAGAAGACGCGGGGUGGCCCUGGUCGCUCGGCCCUCUCUGGGUCCCGAACGCACACCAUCGACAAGACCAUGGACGCUAUUCAAAAGGCGAUAACUAGCGGCUCCAGUUCACAAGCGAAUAUUCGACAAGGUGGUCGCGGAGGUGGAUUAGAACAGGUCUCCGUCACUGGGUGGAAGCAGAGCAAGGCAGCCUCCAACCGCGACGGCGGCGUCGAAAGCCUGGUCACUUUUCUCGAGAAAAAACUCACCGCACCCGAUUCGAAAGCUGGCGCGCGCGCAAGAAUAUCCAAGUCGCGGGUCGAAGGCGACGCUCUAAUCGCGUCCAUCCGACCGGAAUUACUAGAAAGAAUGCUUAAACUUGAUGGCUUCAGUUUUGCUGGAGCCCCUCUCGCGAUUGAGAGAUACGAUCAAUCCUCCGCCCCUCUGCUGGACGCGGCUAUGUCGACACAGAACGGCGCACCGAUGUCAACUGCAGACACAAAAGCGAAGAUGACCGCGAUACUGGGACGGCGCUAUUACCAGCAGUCGAAACUGCUCGACCUCUCCAAGCUGGCGACCGAUCCAGACUUGAUGUCAAUGGGAAUCUUCGGCUCAACUUCUACCGAAUCCAAAUUCUUCCCCGCCCUCAUGAAAGUGUGGGAUUUGAAUUUCGACAACCCAACGGCUCGGCGCGAGGCUGUCGAAAGCGUCAGCCUUGCAGACAACCAACUUCCUAACGUCGCUUUCGUUACGACGCUUUCACAAACGUUUCCCGAUCUGAAGAAUCUCGACCUUUCAAACAACAAUUUCAAAGACGCUCAGGCUCUUAUUGCUUGGCGGUGGAAGUUCCGAAAGUUGCAAUUCCUCGAUCUCACGGGGAAUCCCUUCAGCGCUGAUCCUACAUUCAAAGACACUAUGCUCAAAUGGUAUCCGGAACUCCGAACCCUGAACAACACACAGGUGCGCACCGAAGAAGAAAUCGCUGCGCAAAAGAAAACUCCGAUUCCCGUCCAAGGCCCUCAUUUCCACGAUGAAUCUCAGAUUGCUGAGAAUUUCAUCCGAUCCUUCUUCUCUGGCUAUGACAACAACCGUGCCGAACUUAUCAAUGGCUUCUACGAUAACAACUCCACAUUCUCCCUCAAUGUCAACACAUCCGCCCCGAAAGCAACACAAGCCGAAACCGCCCCUUGGGAUCCAUAUAUCAAGAAAAGCAGGAAUCUGCUAAAAAUCAGCCACCUCCCUGCGAGAAUGUCCCGCACAUCCACCGGUGCGGAGAAGAUUCGUGAACUCUGGACAACACUUCCGCAGACGCGGCACCCCGACAUCGCAACGCAACCCGAGCAAUGGCUGAUUGAAUGUUUCCCGAUACCUGGACUUCCUGAUAUCUCGGGCCAGAGUCCGACCGGUGUGGGAGGUUUCCUUAUCAUGGUACACGGAAAGUUUGAAGAGAGUAAUGCAGGAAAGGUAGAAACACGAAGCUUCGACCGCACGUUCAUUCUCGGACCCGGUGCCGGCGUUGGAGGAAUCAGAGUCAUCAACGAUGUACUUUGUCUGCGCGCAUAUGGUGGCCACGAGGCAUGGCAGCCGGAGCCUCAACCCGCAGUCCCUCAACUCGCCGGCGCCCCCGUUGCAAUUCCAGCGGCGGCCCCGACUGGCCCUCCUGGAUACGGCACUCCAGCUCCAGGAAAGUCCGACACCCAGGUGCAACAGGAGCAGCUCAUCAUGCAGCUGAGCGCCAAGACUAUGAUGACUUUCCAAUAUUCGGAACUGGCGCUUUCAGGAAACGGUUGGAAUAUGGAUGCUGCCCUGAAGAACUUUGCGGAGUUAAAGACCCAGGGGACGUUACCCCCAGAUGCCUUCAUUCCAGGAGCUACCGUUUAGUUUCAGACUUCACACAUACACACGAAUCCCUCACGCUACAACCUCCUUGGAUCGCGACAGAAGACGACUUAUUCACUCCUUUUUCUUUUGACUGGGUAUUUGAUUGAUUGAUUGAUGCAUGGCUUAGGCGAAUGGUUACUACAGGAUUCUUUUUAUAUUACUACCAAUAUCCCACUACAUGUACUAUAAAGACAAAGAUCACGAAGAAACGUCCUAUAGAGAAGACGAAACAACACAUUGAAUUUGUUGCUUCAUCAAGUCUCGAUAUCUAGAUAAAUUAAAAAUAGAUCUGUUGUGCUGAUCCACCAGCAAGGACA